AUGACCCUCAAGGUGUCCCCACUUCAGCUUUUUGGUACUUCCUUACUAGCAUUAUCGAAUAUGAUCGAAGAAUCGGUGAACCAUCCCGAAGUGGCCACAACAUUAUUUUGCAUUCUUUAUCUACUUUGCAACUCUUUUGAUAUGGUUCAGCGGAGCAUUAAUGUUCUCCUAAGGAUUCCUUACACACUUUCCCACGUUAUUUACAAGAUACUCUGCACUGGGCUACCUCCCAACAGAGAUACAUGGUCCUACUUAGUGUCAUCAUGGACUGGAAUUCUCCUUAUGGCUGAUAAGAAGGACACUAUGUCGGCACGUAAGAUUAUUGGCCUACUAUUCACACCUCAUUCUUCCGAUUUCUACCAACCCCUCCGACGUUCCAUCUCCUCUAAGCUACUAGAUAAUAUUUUUGAUCUCUCUUUUGCUUAUUCAUUUAGCAUUGAAUCUGAAUCAAUAAUGAGAUUGCUACUUAAUCUUAUCGGUAGUUCGGAAAAUCAGGUUGAUGUUUAUUCGUGGACAAAUAGGCUUCUUCUCAUUGAAUGGCCAACUCCCUCAUCCUUAUAUUGUAGUGGAGCAUUGAAUUUGCUUACUAAACUUGCUUCUCUGCCUAUGUUUGAUUCAGAAUCUUUUCCAAAACUUGAGGGCAGUCUAUAUGCUCUAGCCAUCACCGACCUAACUUCUGUGAAAAACUCAUCUUGGGAAUAUGUCUUUGCCUACAUACGAUUGCUCCGAGGCCAUAAUAUUGACCAACUCGGCGACGACAAGAAGAGUUUAGAAGAUCAUAUAAUUAACUUAGUUUCAAAGGGAUACACCCUGAUUAGCACAUCUGAUGAGAUUGAUUGCGGAACCUUACCUUAUACUGCACUCCUCUCGUUCAUUUUGGAUAUUUUACCUCUUUCAAUGUGGAGUUGUUCCCUAUGCAGCCUUUUCAUAGAUGACUUAUCCGUGACACAAGGAUAUAGUUCUGAAUAUUCGGCACUUACACUCACGGGUCUUUUGCGUAGCUAC